AUGUAUCGUGGUCCUGUUAUUUUGUUUUGUAUGAUAUUUAUUGUUAGUAUCAAUGGAGUUUCAAUUAAACCAAUAUCCUCAAUUGAUAACGAUACAAUUGAAUUAGCUCAAUUGGCUGAAAAUAUUUGGUCAUUAAAACCUGCUGUACUUCAAACCAAAGGACCAUUAGUAAUCUGUCAAUUUAUUGAUAAAUAUUGUACAAAUGAAAAUCGUUUUCAAGCUAUUUCAUCCAUGGUUUCUUCCAUUGUAAAUGAAUAUCGUAGUAAACAUCGUUAUGCUCGAGUUUUAAAUAAAUGUAUUAGCAAGACUGUAUUAGAAGAAACAAAACAAUCCUGUCCAAUAUUACAACAAUUAAUUUCUCCAACAAUAACACAACAAGAUAAAUUCAAUAUCAUCCAAUAUAAACGUGUUCUUAUGAAAUAUUUUGCCGAACUUAAUAUUUUAAUAAGUCAUAUGCAAACAUCUUGUAAUGACGAAGAAAUUCAUGGAUUUUUAUGUUCAUCCAACACGACAUUGAUCACAACAUGUACUAAUAAAAUUCUUCGAGAAAUAUAUAAUGAUAAUAAUUAUGAAGAAGUUAUAAUAAAAACUAAACAAGCAUUAACUGAUCUUAAUCAAGAAUUAUUAUUACUUUCUAUUAAGACUGAAAUUGAAAAUUAA